AUUGCAACGAAUGAUGCAGUGAUGCAGGGAGUUAACUUGAAGAAGCCGUCUGCCAAAUUACUCAUGGAUUUUAACAUGGCUAGACAUGUGUGAAUUGCAUCUAGGUUUCAGCUGAAAGUCCUGACGGCCUAUUCCAUCAGAUUUGCAAUUUUCAUGGAUUAUGUGCGACGUAUUAUGCUAGUCGCGUUGAAUCACUACAGAGCAGAGCACUUGCUCAUCUGCUCAUGAAGAACAACUUUGUAGCCAAAACUCAAUCAGUUUGCAUGUCAAAAUGCUGCCUGUUGUGGAUCGAAAAUUAAGGAUGGAGGCAUUAACGAAAAAUUUACGAUAUGAGUAUCCUAAGAAUUUUGCACGAAAGGUCCUAGUCGACCUGGUGUUGGCCGACCACACUUACGCUAGGCCAUCGUCGUUAGACCCCGAGUUCAACAGGAUUCACUCAACAUCUUUGUUAUUUACAAAGUCACAACCAGAUACAAAAGAUGACGAAUCCGUCGAAGAAGAGAUAGAUAUCGAGAGAACUGAAGAAACGGCAGAUAUUAAAGUGAAAUAUGAUGGGAAUAAUGGGAAAAGGCAAAUGACCGAAAUGGAAGAGUGUUUUAAGGCCAUCAACUGUGAUGAACAUUGGCAAGAGGAAGAUCAAUUUUUAAGGUCAGGAUGGACAAGAGAUCAGACCAGACUGUUUGAUCAAGCCUACAAAGUUUUAUCAACAUAUCGUCUGGCUAGAUGUUGUUAUGAAGGGCAUCAAAAUGAACAAAUUCUAAGAAGUCUUGCUCUUGAAAAGACUGCCAAAAGGUUCAGGAACUUAGCUGGUGCAGCUGCUUGGGACUCAAAGUUGAUGCCUUGGCUUCAUACAACAUUGGUGGAUGGAAUGAAUUCUUGUCUAUUUAUUUGUUAUUUGGAGCUUCUGCAAACACUAAAAGCAAAGAUUCCAUUGCUAGUUGAGAAGAUGAUUCAACACUCCACCCCUGCAGACAACCGUUUAUUUUAUUUGAAUUCUCCCAAUAUUGUCAGCUGUCUUAACAAAGUUUGGGACCCAACACCCAACUUGAAACCAAGCAAGGUCAAGGAAAGCAAUGCUCCAAUUCCUCAAGACUCAAAAUUAGACAACAAACCUCUGCUAGUUGUGUUGCCAAGAGGACCGAUGGUGAAAUUAUCACAUUCUAAAAGGUCAAAGUUUUGGCAGAGUCAGCUUGGUACUGUUGGGAGAGUUUUGCAGUUGAAUAUUCUAGAUGUUGAGAAGCCUGAAGAUUUUGCUGCUUCGUCUUUUUUGGAAAAUUUAAUUGGCCUGGCCAGGUCAAAAAUAUCAUUGUUCAAGUCAAAAUUCCCAGGAAGACCUGUUAUACUAAUUGGAUGGUCCAUUGGAGCUUUGCUUUCAUGUCAUCUUGCAGCGUUGGAACAAGUAUCUGGUGUUAUUUGCCUUGGAUAUCCUUCAAAUGGUAUGGAUGGCAUUAGAGAGACCGAAACUUACAAUAUUGCUGACAUCAAAUGCCCAAUGAUGUUUGUGAUUGGGACACAUUCUUCAACCAGCUCGGCUGAUUUUAUUGAGGGUUUAAGAGAAAAGUUUCGUGUUGACACAAAUAUGCUGCUUGUCGAAGGAGGGAAUGAAAUGUUGCAGCUCACUUCUUCUCUAAAGAAAAGAAUGCGAAUUACCCAGAACAUGGUUGACAGACUGGUCAUGGAUGAAAUGGAAAAAUUCAUUUCGGAUGUGCUGGCCAAAAGUGACAGUGUGAAAGACUCGUCAAGGCCAGAUACGCCUUCAUCGUCAAGUCAACAACUAAAGCUUAGUGACAAGAAAAGAAAGUUAAAAAGAGCAGAUACGGCUGGCAUAGAGAAGAAAAAACCGAAACUCAUGCAGUCACAGCAACAGAAGUCCAAUACAGCAGGAAAAAGUGGAGAAGAAGGAGGCAAAAUAAAAAGCAAGUUGAAAACGGAUGGUAGCAGCACAUUGACGACGACAAACGAGUUUGCAACAGCAGCUGCCAAAAAUGCAUCGAGUGCUGGAGUAGAAAAAGGCAAUGGUAAACAAACAGGAGCGGCAGGAAAAGCAGUUGAUGAAGAUCCAGUCAAGAGCCAAGUAUCUAAACUAUUUUUAAAAGGCCUGCAUGGAAGGUAUGGUGAAAAGGCCGCCAAAAAGACGAAGCUAGUCAAAAGGCCUGUACCUGUUGGGAAAAGUGUUGCAGCCACGCCAAAGCAAGUAGAUUCAAAAGCCGACUAUGCGGCCUUGCAGAAGUUCCCUACAACAUCUUCCAUUCUGCUAUCAAACACCGGUGCCCACCUUCGUCUCCAAGAUGGGAGGAUUCUUCGAGUUUCAAGUGCAGAUUGUCAGAAGAUGCAACACCAUAUAGGGAUUUCAACUGCUAGUGCCUUGAAAACGUCUCUAGUAAGUAACCAGACUUUGCGAUUGAACAAUACUAUUUCGACUUCAAACACAGAUGCUGCUAAAGUAAGUAACUUUAUGGCAUCGUCUUUAAAAGUAGGAGGACAAGUCCAGUCAACGAUUCCAAUGACUGCACACUCAAAGCCAGUUUCCAGAUUCACAAAUUUAGCUGUUGUCGGAGGUCCAUCAACAAUAGCCCAUGAAAACACAAAAGCCCUUGCUGGGAACAGUCACAUCAGCUCUAAAGAGCAAUUUACUUCUGAGCCUUCAUUGAGCAAGGCAGCAUUGGAAAUUACAGCCUCUCAUUCUCAGGCUAAGCCAACAGCCUCUUCCGCGCAGCUCUCGUCAAAUGACCUUAAAUACCUUAAUGAGUUGUUUUCCAAAAGUCAAAGUGACACAAAGCUCGCUUGCAGCUCAGUCGAAACGUGUAGUAGUAUUACAGGGAGCAAACAAUCACGUACGGUUCCCGAUAGUCCGAUUUCAGCUAGAAUAGGCAUAGGCACGCUGACAAAUCUUGCUAAUGCUGAUGGCUCUCCUCCUGGAAGUGGGACAAGACACUCGCCCGGAAGUAGUGCAAAGAAUUCGUCAGUGACAGCUACCAGUAGCGUAGCCACAUCUAGCAUACCAAGUGGCACCAACGUCCUUCAAAGUACGCAACAACCUUUGCAACAAUCGGAUUCUCACUCAUCUCAAAAUGAUAUCCAGUCAAACGCAAUGAGACCCAAAAAGAUUGAGUUUUCCACUUUUAAGCCAACAUCAGUUGCAGUAACUGGCCCUAUAUCUGUUAAAAGCCAUGUUGUGGCUGCUUCCUCUCUUUCUAGCCUAUUGAACCAUAGCAGAACUAACUUUUCUCAAACAAGCACUACUUUAUUUAGUAAUUCCACCAGCCAAGUUAGUCUUGCGAAUUCCAAGUUCACACAAUCAAGACCCACAAUAGAACUAUCCCAGUUUGUCAAAAAGCCCACAUUACCCGCGUCUUCUUCGGCACCGAGCCUUGCCACGACUCGUCAGCCAAUCUCUUUAGCAGCAAUAUCAAAUAGCCCUGCCAAACUUACAUUUACCAGCCGACAAAUUCAAGGCAACGCUGCAAGAGGAGCUAGAAGUCCCCAGACUAUAACGUUGCACAUCCCGAACUCUGCCAUGCUGAAGGAUCAUAAAGGAAUGAAAAAUAACGGUUCAGAAAUUAAACUGAUUGGAUUGUUGAACCAAAAACGCGGUAGUCCUAUGUCAUCACCUAUCCACUUCUCUGUGCAGAGUAGAAGUGCCCCAGGUUCUCCACAGUCACAAAGUCCGACAAUUGUAUUUACUUCAAAGGCAGAGACAACGACAGCGGCCCAGGCAAGAGUCGUAAAUUUGAACAAAGUGAAAGAUGUCACAGUCAACAAUGCUGGGAAUUCAUCCACUGGAGUAACCACGUUCACCCCUGGAAUUCAAUCAUCUGUUCCAGUAGCAAAGGCUGUUGGUGCUGACUCCUUACCAAAGAAAGAAAGUUCUUCAAUAAAAGUAUGCAAGCCUGGAAAUAUACAAACGGCCCUCAUUAAGUCUCUGACCGCGGCAUCGUUUUCCUUGAAACAGAAGGAGUCAAUUGCCAACUUGCUGAAGAAUCCAGGCCUUAUUAAACCAAGGGACCUUUUGAGUCAAAACGAAGAUGCGGUCACACAAAGCAAAACUAUUGGUGAUACGAAAGAAAAGAGUAAAGCUGGAGGGGUAAAACAGGGUGCUACUGAGUGUGUGAGUUUUGUCAGUGACGAUAAUGUACCAGUUGUUGUUGAAAAUCGUGGGCACAGCAAGGAACGAACAGGUGGCGAGUUGAACGGUCAUGGUGGAGCACGAGGCAAAGUAUUGGCACCUGAUAUAAAAAAUGCUGACCCAAAUGUUGACGUUGGUAAGCAACAGACAAAGCAGCAAUCAAACAAUGCUACCGAUAAGCGCAGUUAUAAGAGGUCUGGGUCUAAUGACGUAAAGAUUCACGAUGUAGCCAAAGGAUCUGAUCAGCUGAAAGUUAGCAACGAAACCUUUGGUGACGACAGUAGAGAGGAAAAUCGUGGGAAACAGAAAAGAACACAGGACGGUGAUGAUUUCCGUAUAGAGAAGGAUGAUGAUGAAGACAAUGGGCCUACUGCAAGCAAACGCCUAGCCAGGAGAGAUUCAGCUUCAAGCAAUGGAAAGAGAAAAAUUCCAAAUGCUCAAAAGAUGGAAGAGUGAAUUUUGAUCUGGGACAUCGUUAAUUUAUUUCCAAGAUUAUUUUUUUU